AUGGACUCUUCAAAGAGCAGAACGACUAUCCGGGCCAACCAGCACGCCUUCAUUACGCUUCCUUCUGAAGGUGUCAAGAUUGCAUACUUAAGAGAUGACGGGGCAAUUUCACUUGGAAAGUUUGGAACUUUCAAGGUUUCCACGAUUUUGGGCCAUCCAUAUGGAACCACUUUUGAAAUCACCGACGACCAGGUGGCUGUACCCAUCAAGUCUAUGACACAUACCGAAGAGAACAUCUUGGAGAACGAAAUGGAUGACGAACUCACCAAAGACCAGCUCACCAAGUACUUCGAGGUGAGUGCCGAAAGCAACCAGGACAUUAUCAACAUUGGAUCCAAGAUUCAGAAGCUUGACAACAAACAGAUCGAUGAUUUGAAGAAGCUGGGUGCUUCGUCAGACAUUGGCCAGAAGAUCAUUGAACAGAUCAUCGCUGGCCAUGGAGGAUUCGAUAAAAAAACCCUCUUCUCUCAGCAGAAAUACUUGCGUCGGAAACAGCAGAAGUUCUUGCGUAGAUUCCAGGUAGAUUAUGUGGGUCUGUCGCAGCUCUUGCAAUACUACAUCGAGAAGGACUUGCAGAAGGUGCUUGAUAUGAGUGAGGAGACGCUUGGCUUGUUACUUAACCACGCCAAUAUCCGCCCUGGAGGAAACUACUUGGUGGUUGACGACACUGCCGGUGUGGUUGUGUAUGCCAUGUUGGAGAGAAUGCAAGGUCAAGGCUCGAUCAUGUUGGUUCACGAGAAUGAACACGCCAACUUGGCCGCAUUGAGGCACCUGGACUACUCGGAGGAGUAUCAACAGAAGAUGAUCAAGACAGUCAGCUGGCUCCAGUUUAUUGAGCCUGAAAACGAGAAAAUCGCCUGGCAGGAGCUUUCACAAGAGGAGAUUGAUGCCAUGAAACCCAACAAGCAGCUCCAAUAUCAUAGAAGACUGAAACGUGCUGCCGAGAUCAAUGAUGCCAUUGAGUCAAUAGAGAGAGGCAAUUUUGAUGCGUUGGUGGCCGUUUCCACCCUCAGCAUACCGUCGUUCCUCGAGUAUGUGAUUCCAAGAGUGGGAGGCUCCAGACCAUUAGUGUUCUACAGUCAGUUCAAGGAGAUGCUCUUAGAGACCCAGCACGAACUUGCAAAGGAUAAGAGGGUGUUAGCACCUUCCAUUUUUGAGACCAGAGCCCGUAUUUAUCAAACCAUCAAGGGCAGAUUGCACCCACUCAUGACCUCUAGAGGCUAUGGAGGAUACGUUCUUAGUGGCACUAGAGUGUUCCCAGCAGGUGGCCAUAUCCAGGCAGUUGGAAAGGGAUCGAGAAAGAAACCAAGGCAGGAAGUAGAGGUUAAGACAGAGGACAAGACAGAGACCACAGCAGAGACAGAGACUACGACAGAGGCCACGCCAGAAAGUGGUAGUGUCGAGACUGUCAAGUCAGACCCUGGUGAUGAAAUCAAUCCUCCACCAGUGAAAGACGAGCAAAGUGUUGACGUUGAAAUGGCCUAG